UUGAAUUCCGUUAGAUAGCUGAUCAUAAAGUAAAGGGUAAAAUAAUACACAAAAAUAUGUGAACAGUAAUAAAGCCAAUCAAUCACUAUCACUGAAGGCCAAUUCAUCAUAUAAUAUUAAUCAAAUUCUGACCAUAAUAACAGUGAAAAGAAGAGCCAAAAUCAAGGAUUAAGUGUAAAACAAAAAACGCCCAUCACUCUUUCCACCAUGCCCCUAAUUUCCAAACACAUUGCCCGAUACGUCGGACAGAUCGUUCAAAACUCGACCCGCGCCUCAUCGGGGUACCUAGUUCAGAGCAGAUCCUGUUCGACCGAACCGGAUCCAAACCAUCCGAUUGUGCACCUGCCCGGUUUGGGAAAACUCAAAGGAUCUCUCACUAAGGGAGCCUGGACCGGUGUUCCUAUUCAACAGUUCUUGAACGUCCGAUACGCCGAGCCGGCAACUGGAGACCGUCGUUUCAAGGCACCUGUUCCAGCCGAACCAUGGGAAGGCGUGAGAGAUGUGUCCAAGCGUAGCCGAACCUCGCCCUACUAUGGGGACUUGAAGAAGAUGCCCAAGGAACAACUGCAGGACGAUUUGGAAGAUUGCAUCAGUCUGUGCGUGUAUACGAAAGAUCUUUCAGGUAAGAAGCCCGUCAUCGUCUACAUCCAUGGAGGUGGAUUCUACAGCGGAAGUGCCGCCCAACACCCUCCGGAAUAUUUGCUAGAGAAGGACGUAGUUUUGGUGGUUCCUCAGUAUCGGCUAGCCGCGCUCGGAUUUCUUUCGACCAAAACGGAGAACAUUCCCGGAAAUGCCGGAGUCGGCGAUGUACUGUUAGCGUUCCGUUGGGUGCAGAAGUACAUCGAACACUUUGGUGGCGAUCCGCAGCGAGUGACUGCCUUUGGACAAUCUGCCGGGUCAGCUAUUAUAUCGGCCUUGACGUUCAGUCCUGUUGCAGAGGAGUCCUUGUUUAAUAAGGUCAUUCUCAAUUCUGGAGCUGGACUGGCUAGCAGUUGGUCCGUUGACUUCAACUGUGAGCGUAAUGCAAGGGAUAUUGCAAGGAGAGCCGGAUUUGACCCAAAGGCACCGCUGGAGGAGAUGGAGAAGUUUCUGCUGCAGCUUGAUACGUACACGUUGUUGAAGUCGUUUUCGCAACAUAUGUGGCAGGGAACCCCUAAUGGCAUAAACUCGAUUGGAGGCCAUCGAUUCACGAUCGGAGGACCCUCCGGUAUCUUUCCAAAGACUCCAUACGAAGUGAUGAAGCGAGGCGGUGGUCGAAAGGAUCUCCCUAUGCUUACGGGAGUGGUCAAACAUGAAGGUACUUUUGCUUUGGUAGAUAUCUUCGCUAUACUGGCCCAUCAGAAGUUACUCGGAAACAAGCAGUUCAUGCAGUACGACCUUCUGGAGGAAGUUCCUAGGAUCCUUGCAUCGACAGAGACCAGUAAUACCUUGGCACCGCUGAUCGCCAGAUCGAUGUUCAACAAUGAUGAUCUUAAAUCUGGAGAUCUUCGGAGACUCAUCCCCGGACUGAUAGAUUACUGUGGAGCGGUCAUCAUCAAGUCUACAGUUCUUCGUUCCGCACAAUUCAAUAGCCGGCACAACCCGAACAACACUUACGUGUAUAGCUUUGAUUAUCAAGGCGAGCACACGCGAUUUGGAUACGACCAAGACGUUAGCAAGAUUCCAUUCGAUGGAGGAGUUCAUCACACCAAUGACCUCAUCUUCCUCUUCCCGUAUCCGGAAACCGCGAAACUAAACGAACAGGAUACAGAAAUUGCCAAGAAGAUGGUUGAUCUUUGGACGUCAUUUGCAAUCGACGGAGUACCCAAAACCAAGGAUCUUCCGGAAUGGCCAGUUUUCAAUGAUGUCUACGGUCCGUAUCUUCACAUCAACAAGCAGUUCAGCAUCGGUCAAAAUUUCCUAGAUGAGCUUACUGUAGUCCGUAAAGUGCCGAAGAUGGCUUCAUUUCGUGGUGUUGUAGUGAGAAGUGGUAUAUUUCAAAGAAGCAUGUUUCAGAGAGCUUGCUUUUCAACUGACAGUACUGGGAAUCCAUUGAUUGACCUUCCCGGGCUUGGCAAGCUGAAAGGAUCUACCACAAAGGGAGCAUGGAGUGGUACGAAUAUUUUCCAGUUCUUGAACAUUCGAUAUGGUGAACCUGCCAAUGGAGAGCGACGGUUCAAGCCACCGGUUCCAGUGAAGCCCUGGGAUGGAGUUGAAGACGUAUCAACCUACAAGCUUGGAUCUCCCGUAUAUUACUGCAUGAAGAAGUACUCCCCAGAGCAACUGGCCCAGAAUCAAGAAGACUGCAUAAAUCUUUGCGUCUACACGAAAGAUGUCGACGCCAAAAAGCCAGUUAUCGUAUAUGUCCAUGGUGGAAUGUUCUAUGAUGGAGCUGCUCCUCACUUCCCGCCGAAUUACAUAAUGGAGAAAGACGUAGUCCUCGUUGUCCCACAAUACAGACUUGGCCCGCUAGGUUUCCUGUCAACCAGAAGCAAAAACAUCCCCGGUAAUGCCGGAGUCCUGGAUGUGAUCCUCGCUUUGGAAUGGGUGCAAAAGUACAUCUCCAACUUCGGGGGCGAUCCAAGUCAAGUCACCGUAAUGACACAAUCAUCCGGAGCUUGCAUGAUGUCCGCAAUGAUGUUCAGCCCGGUUGUCGACACUGAAAAGUUGUUCCACAAGCUGAUCAUCCAGUCUGGAUCCUGUUUCGCUUCAUGGGGCUAUGAUCAAAAUCCACAGGCAAACGCUCGUCACAUGGCAGAGUUGGCUGGAUGUGAUCCCAAGGCUACCCUCGAAGAAGUCGAAGCAUUUCUACUGGAGCUAGAUACGUACAAAUUGCUCAAAGCAUUCGCUAAACAUUACCGCAUCGGUAUACAAAAGAAAGGCAUCGACAAUGUUGGAGGAUGCCGUAUGGUCACCGGAUGCCCUAACGGUUUAUUCCCGAUCCUACCUUACCACACGAUGAGGAAAGGCUACGUCCGAAAGAACCUUCCUCUCCUGAUCGGAACAAUGAAGCAUGACGGAACGUUUGCCUUAUUGGACAUAUUCCUCGUUCUGGCCCAACGCAAACUACUUGGCAAUAAAACGGUCAAUUCCUACUCGAUGAUCGACGUUGUCAACCAAAUCAUGGGCAUGGACGAUCCGAACGGAGUAACCAGUUCGCUCCAGACUGCCCUCUUCUUCGGUCAGAAUCAACUGGUCGAGGGUAAUCUCGCCAAGAUGCUUCCUAGCUUUUCCGACGUGGCAGCCACUUGUCUAAUGAAGGGCCCUACGCUCAAACUGGCCCAGGUAAAUGCACAACAUCAACCAAACAAGACCUACCUCUACAGUUUCGACUACCGUGGCGAACAUACCCGGUUCGGAUUCGGAGUGGACGUCAACCAGCUUCCAUUCGACGGAGGAGUUCAUCACAAUGACGACCUGAUGUAUCUGUUCCCGUACCCGCAAAAGGCUUCGAAGCUCAAUGAUGCAGACACGACGAUUGCGAAACGGGUGGUCGAUCUGUGGACUUCUUUCGCCUGUGAUGGAGUUCCGAAGGCGGAAGGUGUGCCCGAGUGGCCCAGUAUGAGCCGUGUUUGUGGACCGUAUCUCAAAAUUGAUUCCACCUUUACGGUAGCCGAGAACUAUACAGAUGAAUUCAAGGCCACUCUACGGGAUCCAACUGCUAUCGCUAAGAAACACAAACCUAGUUUGUAGAGUUUUGACUGAAUAGAAUAAAACAUAUUUAAAUGAUCGUGA